GAGUAUGGCAGACGAGAGGAGGACAGCCGAGGGGAGGGCAGCCGAGGGGAGGGAAAACGAGCGAGAGAUGGAAAAACUGCAUGAGGAGGUCGAGGAGAAGGAGGAGGAGGAGGAGGAGGAGGAGGAGGAGGAGGAGGAGGAGGAGGAGGAGGAGGAGGAGGAGGAGGAGGAGGAGGAGGAGGAGGAGGAGGAGGAGGAGGAGGAGGAGGAGGAGGAGGAGGAGGAGGAGGAGGAGGAAGAGGAGGAGGAGGAGGAGGAGGAGGAGGAGGAGGAGGAGGAGGAGGAGGAGGAGGAGGAGGAGGAGGAGGAGGAGGAAGAAGCAAUCACCCUUGGUACCAAUCCAGUGCUGCUCACUUGCUUGGUAUAAUCACAACACGACUCACAUUGAGAAUGUC